AUGCUCUUCUCCACCGCCCUCCUCUCCCUCUGCGCCUUUGCCGCCGCCGCACCUCUCACGCCUUCUGCCGUGAAGACAGCCGUGAGCCCUGACGGCUACACCUACAUCGUUGAAACCGAGGCCUACGUCGAGGACACCUUCACCCGCAGCGACGGCCACAACGUCACUGUCCUCGUCCACCCGGCCCUUAAGCGCUCCAUCGACAUGGACGCCGACGGCCAGUCUUUCAACCCCGGCACCCUUGCCAAGCGUCUCUCGUGGAAUGACGGCUCCAAGUACGCCGACCACUGUGGCGCCUCGACCUACGUCAGGAAGACAACGAACGCCUCGCCGCUCAUCUCCGACUGCGCCGCCAUCCGCGACUACUAUUCCCAGCACCAUGGCCGCUUUGUCGCCACCUGGUUCGACCGGGCGUUCAACGGUGGAGACUAUUGCCGUCUUGUGAUCACCAACACGUGCGUUUUCGGUAUCAAGAGCGGCAGUCCUUUUGCUGUCAAUGUGGGCAGCAGGGACAUCUCUGACCUUACCCGCGAUGCCAUCAACAAGUUCCGCGGAACCCAGCGCGUGGGUGCUGAGGGAUUCAUGGUCUGCAAUGGUGGCCAGCCUAGCAACGUCGACUGGGCUCUCUUUACCAACUAA